AUGGGCUUCUUGGAGAACUUCCGUAGGUUGGUCGGCGGUGGAGUGUCGGGCGAAGUGCGCUACGCAGACUUCGAGCGUUACUACGAAGGGCUCUCUGUGGGAAUCGACUCAGAUGAGUACUUCGAGGAGCUUCUGCGACGUGCCUGGGACUUACCUGAAGGCUGGUUGCGACAUCGGCUGUCCGAGGAGGACGAAGAGCUGCCUGAUGGCCUGCGACCCGUGGACAGGCAGCGACUGCCUUCAUAUCACCAGCAUCACCACCCCUCCUACUUGGACGGCGCCCGUCACUCGACGCCCGCACAGGCCGGCAGCGGCCGGACAGGGAAGAGGCUACUCCGGGCUUUAAAGCGGAGCCUGGCGCAGUGCUGCCGUGGCGAUGCCACAUCCUUGUACAGCGACAUGGUCAUCAGGACCUACUGCCCCAUUCCCAGGCACCAUGACGCCGCGGAGGUGCCUCCGCCAUUGCUGCCACGAGAGACCUUUGAGGUCACCAUGGAGAGGGGAACCAAGAGAACGGCAGAGGACAUGGAACCGCAGCAGGCGGCCGACAACAUCAUGCACGAAGCCGCUAGCCUACAGCAGGUCGGGGAUGUUCGUUUGGAGUUUGGUGAAGACUCUGAGAACUCUAUGUUGGCUAGCUCUCAUCUGCUCCGCGUGGCUUCUCCUGUGUUCAACCGCAUGUUCAGCAGUGGCAUGAAGGAAGCACAGCAAGGCGUCAUCAAGGUGGAUGUGGCGAGCACAGAGGAGUUCAAAGUAUUCUAUAGUUUACUUGGUCCUUGCGCAUGGAGCACCGACAAAGUCACAGAGGCAAACGCUGAUUCGCUUCUUGCCAUCAGUGACUACUACCAGGUUGAGGUCAUCAAGCAAGCAUGUGAAGGUCUGCUGCUUAAUCUUCCGCCCAAUACUACUCGUCUCCUGCAAGCUAGCAAGCACGGGCUCAAAAGACAGUACCAAAGGUGCAUGAGGCACCUGGCCAAGCAGUGCACGAAGGAGGACUUGGAGGUGCUCCGGCAAUCUGCGCCGGAGACUUUUUUCGAGUUGGUCCUCCAAAAGCAAGAUACACUGAAUCGGCUCAUGGGGAUAAAGGAUGAGAUUGCCAAAUGCAUGGCUUCUGUCGACGACAUGCUUGGCCCCUUUGGACCUUAUUCACCUUCCAACCGGGCCGAUGGGCUUCUGAAGGCUCGGCCGAAAUUACGAAGCUUGCUUGAAAGCAUUGAAAACCUUCUCAAGGAAUUAGACUGA